AUGAUCCCGGAAGAAAAGGCAAAGGCAUUCCUUCAUUCCCGGAAAAAACGAGGUUGGUUUUAUGAACUGGAGGAGGAGUGCAGGGAAGGAUGUACUUGGCAUGAAGUGGAAGAAGUGAGAGGAGGAAGUGAAUCUAUUAUGGAGUACAUGCGCUGGUAUGUUUGUAACAGACGUUCUCCGUGUCCUUCUGGUCAAUACUGUUCAGUAACUGGCUCAUAUUCCAAUUCCAAUAACCUGCACGUGACAUGUAGUGUUGAUGGCGGAUGGGGUAACUGGGGUAGCUGGGGCGCGUGCUCCGUGACGUGUGAAUCAGGAACAAAGAUGAGGUACCGUUCGUGCAAUAACCCGACCCCCGUCGGACAGGGAUCAUACUGUGCCGGGUCGAACAGUGAUACAACAACUUGUCGGCCGUGCACAGAUAUAGCAAACUGUCAAAUAUCCUGCUGCAACAGUGCAAUUCCGGCCUUGUGUUUGAAGUGUUCCGACUUGGAUCUUUACAAACUUGACAAUGGUGAUUCGACAUGUACUCGAAAGUGUUCUUGGGAGGAUCGGUGGUGCUGGCCAGGUACAUGUAGUGGAGAUUACGCCAGAACUUGUUCCUGUGCUGCUGGGUUCUCAAGGUAUUAUGACAGCAGUCAGGCCAUCUGUCAACCGACCCUCCUACCGAAUAUCACAAGCUGCAGCAUGCGAGUAACUGCAUCAAGUGGAGAUUCUAAAAUGUCACCGUUUGUUGGAUCAUCCCAUUGUGAUAACCAGCAGGAUUUCUACGGGAAUUUCCAGGUCGAUAGUAUAUUGACCUCCACAGCAUUUGAUUUCAUUGUUGACGUCACACAUGUAGCGAGGCCGGCGUUUGUCGACAGCGAGGUGUUUGGAAUAACUGAUGUCCAAAUACAUACAGUGAAAAAACCAGUGACAGGUGUUGAGACACUGGUAGCCAGUCGGACUGUCCGCAGUGACCCGAACAGCAACUCUCCUCAGUCACAUUUCAUCCCAACGGACCAGACGAUAGCUGUGUCGCAUACUUUAUCCAACGGACAAAGGUUAUGCUUGCGAUUUCAUCCAAAAGCUGGAGGUCACUUCAUAUCGAAGAAUGUUCAUACCCACGCAACAUGGACAGAGAGAUACACAAAGACUGAGAGGACCCGUGAUCUCUGUUAUAUAUACGACAAUGCUAAACCAGAACAUUGCAGUGUAAGUGGUUCAUGUUCGGAGGAGCCAUUGACGGUAUCGUCACGUGUCACAAGGGAGAGAGUGAUAAGUAUUUCAACAUCCGGUUGGACGGAUCCAUUUCCUGUAGGAGGUAACGUGCUACACUCGUCCGGAAUUGAAUCGCUCCGAGUGACGAUUCAUGACAUUAAAGAAAGCGGUAUUAACAGACUAUUCAUGGAUAGUGCAAAGGCAGACGGCACAACGGACCUAGAUAUGGUACAAAAUUCUAUGAUAACCAUACAAUUACCUGAACACGAGCCCGCUAUGUACGGUCUUCUGCUGGAGGUCAAGGACGUUGCAAAUAAUAUACGACUGAGCAGAACAUUCGUCCUGUACGACAAUUCAUCCAGAAUCAGAGUUGACUCACGAUAUAAGCUGUAUGUUACAUCAGCUGCAGAAAAUACCAACUACACCUGGCAAAUCGUACAUAGUGAAAUAUGUGUUAGCUGGCGAGAUCGGUACUAUAACGACAAAUUUGUGCAUUUUAACCCUCUCAGACCAAUAGACGCUGCCGAACAUGGUCUCGUCCCGCCAGCCUACGAUCAGACAGACGGUAUAUUGCCUGUUAUAGGAACAUCAAACGUGCAUGGAAUCACCCAUUUUAAUUACGAAUUAAUUAAGGAAACUGAUGGCCAAACGAUUUCUUCCAAUGUCAUCAGUAACAUAUCUUCUCAGAGUGUCUGCAUACCACAUACGGUUAAGGAUGGCGAUACAUACAGAUUCAUGUUGAAUGCGAGUGACAUUGUAGGAAACUCUUUUGAUGAAUCCAUUCAGUUCUUCGUUGACGCGAGCCCUCCAGUAAUAUCUAAUGCCUGGUUAGUACGGGAUGGACACCAACAACUGUUUGUUCACAAUUCCACGGAUCUAUUUAGAAUGUGGCUGGAGUUUGACUCGUACGACACUCACAGUGGACUUUUACAAGUUCUCUGGUGGUUCUACGAGACAGAACCGGAAAGACUGAUAGGACAAGGAGCGGAAGGAGUACGACAAACCAAUAACGAGACGUCAUGUUCAGAACCCCAGUUGUGUAUAUGUCCAUUUGUCGGUAUCUGCCAAUUUGUCCACUUCAGUUUUGACCUAAACGCAUUAACUGUUAACAACACUCAUAUAGGUAACCAUAACCGGAAGUACUACUACAAGAUUGAAGUUACAAAUACGGCCCUAUUGACAACGUCAGUUGUAGUCGACGUAGAUGUUGACGAAUCGCCACCAGCAGAUGGCGUUGUUUACGAAGGAUUAGACGGCCAGACAGAUAUUGACUACAUCAGUGAGUCCCGUAUCUCUGUUCACUGGCACGGUUUUAUUGAUCAUGAAAGUGGAAUUGAGUUCUACAAAGUAGCUGUUGCGACCAGAUGUCUCCAAAAGAAUGAAAUAGUUUCAUCAGGAAACUUAACGGGACACAUCCAGUAUAAAAAUACAACAUCAACAUCAACUCAGUUUGAUAUACAAGCUCAAGGGAAAUAUUUUGUUACCGUUAUUGCGUUUAAUCGUGCCAUGGAACCUUCAUCUGCCGUAUGUUCUGAUGGCUUCACAAGAAAUGACUCUCCACCUGAAAUAACCAAUGUUACACUCUCCAACGCACGGACAAGAAAACACAAAGUAUGUUAUAACGGUGACAUUUGGCUCAUUUCUGAAAAGCUGACACGAACAAAUAUAACCGGAGCAUCAUUGUGUUCUCAUACAUGUACAGACACUACAAAUGGAUUUAAACUCGAUUUACUUCCAUUGGAUUACAACCAAUCAUAUAACACUAAUGCCUGCAGUAUGACAAACCUUCUUCACUUCUACCUUCCCGUUGACAGCAUUCGUCUUUCCUGGAACUUCCUUAACAAUAACAUACCAAUCAGCACAACCUAUGUUGGAUUUGGUUCAACCAUUCUAUCAGCUGAUUUCCCAGAUCUUCAGAACUUUGAAUCUGUUCACCAAAAUACAUUCUUCAGACAACAACAUAUUGGCUUUACUACCGGGACAGAGUUUUACAUCUUCAUCAAGGCCGUAAAUAAAGCCGGCAUUUCGACUACAGCAACAUUUGGUCCUCUUGUAAUUGACGAGUCAGCACCUAUAUGUCCCUUGUCAGUACCGUUAUAUCAGAAUGGGUCUCAUGUGGUAGCAAACCUACAUAGGAACAUGUUCACAGACGCUGAACAGCGAGAAGACGUUUCAUCCAUUGUCUACCGAAUUCAUUUUGAGAAGAAUGAGGGAAAUUCAGGCUUUUCGUCUUGGGAAGCAUUCGACACAGCCGUUUGUACAAACCUUUCUGAUUGUCUGGCUCUUUCCAUUGACUAUCUUCAGGAAUUAGUUAUGGAUGUGGAUAAUCCAUUACAUAUCGAGCUACACGUAUUCAAUAUCGCUGGUCAUUACUGCACAGUGAUGAGUGAAGCUAUCCACCUUCCCGCAAUAUAUAAACCAACCAUCGGGUCAGUAAAAGAUAUAUAUCCUGGAUUAACUGAGGAACCAUUCACCGAUAGAGAUGUUUCUUUUUCCCUCACUGGUUAUUGUGUAUCGUGGACAGGUAUAUCCGAUCAAAUGACAGCCGUGACUGUCGAAGUUGGCCUAGGGAUCAGUCCGGGUAUAGACGACAUCGAUAACUUCCACACAGUAGAGAAUCAGAACUUUCACUGCCAAAGCAAUGCAACUCUCACCAAGAACACUACUUAUUUCGCUGUAUUACGAGUAAACAACAGUGCCGGGACGGGUCUUGCGUCCUCGGAUGGGUUCACGGUACUUUCUGAGGAUGAUGUAUUGAAUAUGAUAUCGGUCUUUGAUGGUCUGGGCUGUACUAAUGAUUCAUUUGUAUGUCAAUGGACUCUGCAAUCGGACGACACUCUUCCACACGCUACUGCAUCUUGUGACCAAAUACUACACAUCGGCCACCGAUAUACUGUACAGUUCCCAGAACAGCUGCAUGACGUCAUCACUAUUACCAGCGAUGAUGUCGUAUUCAACAGAGGUGAACCAGGAAGUAUUACGUUUACACCAGUUGAUCGUCGUCCGCUUUUUACUAUCGCUUCAAAUAUUCCGGAAAACGCUCCCGAGAUGAGAUUCAAUGUAUUCCGAUGCCAGAAGGACAUCGAUUAUCAUUAUGCUGGUGCUCCUAUAGCUGUGCACUGGGAGGUAAAAGGUUACACUAAUUACAUCACACACUUUGAGAUAUCUUUGUUUGUGAAGGACACGGACAACAGUGUUAGUGUCAUUGAAACGGUAAUCGCGACUGCCGACUUACGAAGUGUUGUAUUCACUAACUCAAUAACGGACUCAAAAUAUAUUUUUGGUUCAGUCAAAGUAUGCUUUGCAACGACAUGUCUAGCUGGAGUCGUUUCCGAUGGAUUUGUAGAAGAAAUUGAACCACACAUUGGCCCGAUCUCGGCCAUUCUAAUGGACUAUUCUGACACGUGCAGCACGAUCAAUGUGUCCUGGAGUGACGUUCAGUGUUCGAAUAUAGCCGACUCGGGUGCCUUGUUUUAUCGGUGGAGAAUAGCGGAUAGUGACAGCGGCAUGUCUACGAACCAUGACUGGACCACAAGUGUUGGAAAUAGAACCGAACAAUACCAGGUAACAGCAUGUAAAAAGAUGCCCACAGAUGUCUUUACACAACGCUACAUUUGUCUGCAAGCAUUCUGUCAUUCCGGAAGAGAGACAAUCAGUUGUGAACAAUUACAGAUACAAUUUCAUCAGAAUAAAUUCUCUAAAGAAAUAGUAUAUGACAUCGACGUGGACUCUGUUGUCUUUUCUGAAUUAAAGCUAUCAAUAUUUAGCUCAAAUAUUGGCGAGAAACUGAAUAACGUUCAUGAACUCGAGUUAGAUUACAGUCGUACCCGACCAAAGUUAGGCGCGUGUAUGAUCGGACUACAGGACAGGAAAGUAACUUGGUAUCUCAUGACAAAGUCAGAAAUCCCAAGCGACACAUGUGAUAGUGACAUCAACUGUUUGAUGUAUGGAGAAACAAAUGAAGGCGCCAUUUCCUUCGGAAAGGUAAAUCUCGACGAGGGUAAAUAUUACAUCUGUGCCAGAAGUGCAGCAUGUAACCGAACAAGAAAGGACUUUGUAGAACAUUUCGAUAAAGUCGAAGGUUGUAGUGAUGGCUUGAUAAUAGACGAAACUGGACCAAGUCCGGGGUCUGUCAUCCUUCACUCCAAUGGAGGUUAUCUGUCUGAUAGCAAUGAAGUAUUCAUUUCCUGGACAGAUUUCCAUGACAACUUCGCUUCUUACGGUGUUGGAUUCCUGCAGUACAGAUACGCUAUUGGGUCCUAUCCCAUGGGACAAGAUGUGCAGACAUACAGAGAUGUUGGGGAGGAACAAUCAGUACUGGUACGGAAUACACGCCUGACAUCAGGGAUCGUGUACUACGCCACGGUAGAAGCCAGAGACAAGGUCGGAUUGGCCACUACAGCGAUUUCUAACGGUGUGGUAUUUGACGACACUCCUCCAGUAAAAGGUAAACUGUUUGUUGGAGACUUACACGUACACAGAUACGUGACGACACUUCAGAAUCGUGUAAUCCAUUGGAAGGGAUUCUUCGACAUGGAGUCAGGAAUUAAAUAUUACGAAGUAGCAAUAGGGAACUAUGCCGAUGUCCCGGAUGUGGUCUCCUUUCUACAUGUAGACCCCUCCACGUUUUUCUUUGACUUCAGUGAUUUAGACCUCCAGCAUGGCCAUCGCUAUUACGCAUUUCUUCGGGUAACCAACCGAGCUGGAUUGUCACUAGUAGCCGUGUCACGGUAUUUCCUUCUAGAUGAUACCCAUCCCUUGCCAGGAAUUGUCCGAGAAGGCCCCGGCUAUAGUAAUGAUUUUGCUUACCAACGCAACUUCAGCCACCUGGUGUGUUCCUGGGAGGGCUUCGCUGACCCCGAGUCUGGUGUGGAUCACUACAAAGUCGGACUGGGGACGGGACCAUUCAAAAGAGACGUCAGACGCUUUACGUUUGUGGGUCUGAGAACAAAUAUGACAUGGUCUGUACCCCUGGAGGAGGGCGUUAUCUAUUACGUCACGGUUCAGGCCUGCAAUACCGGAGGUCUGUGUACGGACGUCACGUCCAACGGAGUCUUGGUCGAUCACUCGCCCCCGAUACGUGGCCAGGUACUUGUAGGACGAGCGGAAGGACAUCUUAAUUAUAUAGGACAGAGAUCACACGUGGAGGUUUUCUGGGUGGGAUUUCACGACUCCCAUUCCGACCUGGAUCAUUACGAAGUUUGUAUCAGUAGCACCCUCGAUCCAGCCUGUAACGUUAUUCCUUUGACUAACACACAUCUGUCUACCGAACAUCUCUUCACUGGCCUUGACCUUCCAAUUCAAUCGCCUCUUUACGCCACAGUUUGGGCAUACAACAAAGUUGGACUUAACAUCUACGUGACGUCAGACAUGUUCUCGGUCGACGUCACUCAACCGAUCUGUAGCCAGACACCUGUAUUCACAUCUAGUACAGCUAAUAUUUCAGAGGACACUUUCACUCAAUGGGACACUUCUGUUCUCAAAAUCUCGUGGAUGUUUGAGGACUAUGAAUCCCCCAUUGUAAGACAGAAGGUUUCCGUCACAAAUCACCAUAACGGCCACACGUAUAUAGAAGACCUGGAACUUUUUAAUGAAAAUCACACCACCAUUCUACUUAAACCAGAACACUGGCUUCUCAGCGGUGACCGCUACCAGGCGACAGUGGUAGCAUGCAAUGGAGCCGGGUUAUGUACGGCGGUUAACAGUGGAUAUCUGUUAGUCGACUCAUCACCGCCACACAUUGGAGGAUUCGGUGAUGACAUGUCGUGGAGAUUACAGAAUAAUGGUACUACAAUCAAUGUAACGUGGAAUGGGUUUGAAGACGUAGAAUCAGGAAUCAGCAUGUAUCACGUGAGUAUUGGAGAGACGUAUAGUGGUAAUGAAUUAUCCCUCGGCUUCAUUUCACUCAUACAUGUUGGAGAACCUGGUGACAUUCAGUAUGGCUUCUUCAAUGUAAAUCAACAACUGGAAGUGGACAUUAAAAUCAUACUGACAAUCAUAGCGGAAAACAAUGCUGGACUAGUUACGUCUGCUACAAGGGUAACCACCCGUGUACUUAAAACAGAUAUGGAAGGUGAUUAUGGAAUCCUAAAGAUAGAAAAGCAUUCGUGUGAUGUCCACUAUUGUAACAAAGACUGUACAUGUGCUGCCCUUGGACAGAAAUGCUCUACUGUCGAUUCAAAUACCUGCAACCAAACAGACAGCUCAAAUUAUCAGUCUGUGAGUGUCUAUAGUGGGUACGAUAUCGGCGUCCAUACACUUCAUUCACUUUCGUCAGCAUGUUUGGGUGCCAACUGGAUCCUUUCUUCUUUACAAUCUCAUCUGAACGUUAUACGCAUGGAGUGGAGUAUGGGAUUAGAAAACAUGGAGUAUGGUGCUGGUAUAUUUGAUACCUUACGAGAAGAGGUAUGGCAUGAUAUAGGAAUGAGAGACAGUGUGGUUUAUUGUGUAAGCAGCGAUAACGCCCUGUUACACGACCAUAAAUACAUAACUUAUAUAAGAGCUUGGUAUGAUACAAACACCUACAGGAUAUUCAGCUCACAGUCUCUACUGAUUGACCGUACACCUCCGACUAUUUUGCAAGGAUUUCACAUAAAAGUCUCAAUAGAUAACUGCGAUUCCCAUGUAGAAUUCAUCAAAGUGACAAACUUUGUGACGGCCUGCUGGAGGAAUGGAUUCUCCGACUCUCAAAGUGGAAUCCUUCAUUAUUUGACGUCACUAGGGACAAGUCCUGGAGCCUCUGACACGUCACCUGUACUUAAUGUUGGAAAGGCCUCGAACUUCACCUGGAGUGAGCUGGAUUUACAUGCUGGUUCUAGAUACUACGUUACAGUGACAGCUGUUAAUACACAAAACGUGUCGACUACUUAUAGCUCGGACGGGUUCGUUGUCGACACGGAACGCCCUUUGCCUGGGACUGUGUUCAAUACGAAGAACUAUAAAAACCACCUAGGUCAAGCUUCCACCGAUACCAUGGAAGCUUCCUGGAACGGCUUUAUGGACAGACAUUCACAUAUACAGCUGUAUAAAGUUGCAGUUGUUGACAUUUCAGACAAUUCCUCGUCUUUGACCUUCCAGUCGGUAGGCAGAGACACUAAAGUUACACUGCGAGGUCUACACCUACUGGCCGGUAGGAGUUACAUUAUCAAAGUUAAAGCCGUGGAUGCGUCCGGACAGGAAAGUGACGAAGUUCUUUCUCCACCGGUGAUUAUCGAUCCGACCCCACCAGUCGCUUACCAAUGUGCCAGUUACGUUACACUGUAUAAUGAAACACAUGAAAGUAAUUUGUCUACACCAAAUGAAGAAUGGAAGAUAAGUUUGGGAAAUGAUUCAAUUGUCUAUCGACUUUUGGUGACCAUAUCAAACAGCACUGAAGAUACUGAUAUAGUAGUGUCUCUCAACGAUCACUCAUUUAAAGCGCAUCUGGUGCGUCAGUCUUUUUCCCAUGUCUUUACUGUUCAUUCCGAGGAGAGCCUUGUUCUUUCUGUGAAAGCAUCAGAUAGGAAGGUAGACCUUGGUAGUCUUACAGUUGUCCUGCAGGAAUGUAACGACGUUAGUUUACACAAUUAUUCAACCUACCGGAUACCUCUGCAGCAGAUAGCGUGUUCUACAGUAUCAGCCAUGCUGCAGUUCAUCGAUCCAGAAAGUGAUGUGCGAUCAGUAGAAUUAGGUGUGGGGACAACUAUACACGGAUACCAGGUCCGUGCACUUGAGCCAGUGUUUACGGGAGGCUAUCACGCGUUCCCGGUUAAUCUACCUCAUGGAACCCCUAUAUAUGCUACUGCAGUAGUGGAAAACAACGUCGGUCUGCGAUCCUACUUCCGGUCAUCGCCUCUUAUCAUUGACCAUACUCCACCAACAAUAUCAGACGGACUCCUUCAGUACAGUGAUGGAACAGAAGGUCACGUGGUCAUCCAUAUCACGUGGAAGGUAGUGGACAAAGAGAGUCAGCACGUGGACUGUGUUGUAGCAUGUGGGUCGAUAUGGAGAACCGAAGGAAUGCAGACCGACAAUAUAUCUAAGAUAAGUGUGGAUUCAGAACCCCUAAGAAUCCCACAUGGCACCAUUAUCACUGGAACAAUCACGUGUGAAAACAAUGCCGGGAUGAUAAAACAGGCCCGUACAAAUGACAUCACCAUCCUUCUUGAUCCUCCCGGACAUACCGACAGCCGAAUAAAAUUCCUAAAUGUUCACGGUACCACGGUCACUGGACAGGUCGUGACGAGGUUCGGGGAGAACCUUCAGUUCCAUUGGGACGAGUUUGACUAUCCCGGGGGUGACGUCACGUACCAGUAUCGUAUAGAUUACAUGAACGGUUCCAAGACAUCGUGGGUAGACGUGGGUUUCCAUAGCUAUGUUACAACUUACACGUUAAACAUCGUGAAGGGCUCGGAAUGUGGCUUGGAAGUAAGAGGCUCUAACGAGAGAGGCGUUUUCAGUGAGAUCAUCAACUCAACCAUAUAUGUACUCCGACAGUCACCGUUAUUGACAGGAACGCCAUGUGGAUUCCCGGAAGUUGAGGGAGGAAAUGUCACCCUUAAUUGUUCCCAGGUUUUUGAAGUGACUGACAGGCUGAAGACGUCCUACAUACUGACAGUUGGCACCGAAAUCGGAUUCUCUGAUGUCGUGUGGUAUCACGUGUUUGACAGUAACGUCUUCACGUUUGAGUUGGAUAAUAAUAUAGCGGAACUUUUUGUGAUGGUAACAGCUGUGUAUGACACCGGUCCAGAAACCACAUACAGAGACAGCUUUCCUGUAGUGUAGUAAACAAUUCAUGAAUAUCUAUUAGUAGUAUUUCGUAAUCCAAAACUGAAUAGUUAAAAAAUAGUAUGACUAAUGUCAUUCGACACGUGUUAAGCGUUUUAUAAUAUAACAUGAUAUUCGUAUUACCAUUGUAUAAUAC